AUGAUCGAUUCAAUUGGCAGCGGGGCCUCAAAUUCGACAACAUCAAAUAACGCGAACAACGAGGUGAUUUUGGCGGCUUUCGAGGCAAAGAGGAGAGCAGAAACAUGUCCCGCUUGUGAUCCAGAGCUAUCGACGUUGGAAAUUGAGGCGGCAGCCGCUGUUCGAGAGGUUUCAUUCGCCGUACAGAACAUCAGCGUGUCGGAAAUAUUGCCGAGAACAACCGAAUUGAUGUUUCUGAAUCUAACGACAAAGGAAGGAUCUUCUUACUGCAUUGAAUUGACGAUAAAAGGAUGGCGGAUAGCAUCAAAUAGAAACGAUUGCAUGAAUGGUGGUUUUGCUGCAAUGUCCAUCGAUUUUGGAUCCAAGUUCUUAAAGAUAGGCCUCGUCAAACCGGGUGUUUCUAUGGAAAUCGUGCUAAACAAGGAGAGUCGUCGGAAAACGCCAGCACUCAUUCACAUAAAAGAUGGAGAAAGAGUCUUUGGUGAUCCGGCAAUGCAGAUUACAAGUCGGCACCCAACAUCCCAAUACCUGGAAAAUUACCCACACUUGUCGCUGAUUCCGACGAACCGAUCAACCGUCGCUCUACCUUUUGGUGAAGAAGCAUACGCCAUCGAAACGGUGCUUGCCAUGAUUUUGUCGAAUGCUCGGGAAGCUGCCGAAGCUUUCGCUGAACAGACUAUCAAAGAUGUCGUCAUUUCCGUCCCCGCAUUCUUCAAUCAAGCUGAAAGAUUGGCGAUUCUCAAUGCUGCAAAAUUGCAAAAU